UCUACAGUUACACCGCCUUGGCUCAGCUGAUCCCACGGCUACUCAUCCCUUCCCAUUGCUUACUAUCCUUCAUUCCCCAUGAUACAAUCUCUCCGUCGCAGCCUCUGAAGAGGUACAUAAACUUCACACGCCCAGCCCGAAGGUCUCGCCACCUGCUUGAUAUUGGCGUGCUUCGCUAGCCAUGGCGCCCAUCUUCAGCAGCUCCAAGGGCAGUACGAGCAAGUCCUCCGGCAACGUCUCAAAGGCGGAAGACUCACGCGUACGUGGUCAGAGAAGCACUAGUCUAGGACAAGGUGACGUCGUCACUCCAAAGCCCUCGAGGCCUUCUUUGGCUCAAAUUGGAAGCCGAAUGCGCACAUCGUCCUCUAGCACUUCCCAAAGCUCGAGAAAUGGUUCAAUCCGCGUCCCUUCCGAAGCGGCAGGGGUGGGGGCGGCGAUGACUCCUAGCAGUAGUCAGAGCAAGGAUUCCAUCUCGUCUAAUGACAGAAGCAGGCCCAGAGGGAGCAGAUCUGGCGGUAUACUCAGCUCAUUCAAGGGAGGCCAGAACCAAAAAGCUCGCCAGUCUUCCUUCGAGGUACAUAGCGUCCGACUCGAGCGUCCGCAUUCCGACUAUUUUGACGCUCAAAGAGCCAGCGCAGACGAUAGGGGGUCAGUCUCUUCUCCCUUUGAGAUUGUCGAAUCGCCAGACCUGACGACGACAGCAUUGCCACUGCCAUUGCCGGCGCAAGGUCUAGCACAGGCACCAGCAGUCGGAACGGACAGUCGCCCACGAGAGGCAGAAUCGUCGGCAGAUGCCUAUCGGACCGACGUAACUGUUGGUGAUGAGCCGGAAGCAAGCGAUAUGACGAACUCCACAAGCAGCGCUUCUGCCAAGGUAUCACAUCCGCCCCCGGUAGGUCGCACACGGCGGUCCUUAGCUAAUGCCAUUGGGCGAAGGCUCAAUGGAGUAGGCGAAGCCGCGCCAAGCAGUGGCAGCCGAGAUUCUGAGCAAGUUCGCCCUCAGGAAUCAAUCGAGAUCGCAACUGCUCCCUCUGCUGCAGACCCAAAGCAAUCUUUUGCUCUACGUUCUAUGCGCAAGGUCAGUCUUGGUAGCUCUGCAACUUUGGAAACUGAUAGGGCUGCACUCAAAUCUCAGGCAUUAGCUGUAGCAUCUCCGAGCGAAGAACUUGCGACUCAUAGAGCUCCUUCACCGUCAACGCAAGAUCCUUCAGCCCCAACUACGCCAGCUGAGAUGCCGCUUAGGCGCACGCCAGGCUCGCCCACUCUCUCGCCCUCUACAUCUUCCCGCAAUCUGUAUUCCCUGACCGGCGCUCAUAGCUCAUCCAUCUCUGUGGCCAAAUUCAGAAACACGCGCGUUCGCUCCGAAUCCGUAGGCAAUACGUUGGACAUGAGCAAUAUUGGUGUAUCGCCGUCUGGGCCUGGACCUACCAGUCCGGUCCUAUUUGCGACAUCGCUGCAAAACGGCGAAGGCCUCACACCUUCGGAACAGCUUGCUGCUCUGGAAGCAACCGCGGCGCGAGGGGGAAGGGCUACGCCUUUGCUGAGGCACUUCGAAGGACGAGCAGAUGGGCAGAGAUCGAGGAUCGCCUCGAGUGGCAGCUACUUCAGUGCCGAGCCAGGUAGAACGGGCGAUGAUGAGCCUAUUCUUUCACCGCCACCGGUACCAACUAAAGGCUCUGCGCGGUCGUACCGGAGCAGGCAGGCGUCGUUCGAUGGAGGAGCUCUACCGACCAUCGAGGCGAUCCCCAGACCUGUGCCGCCGAGUCCGCCGGCUAAGAACACGAGACGCUUUUCCGAAAGAUUCGAGCAGAGCCCUAGUAGCAUGGGCAAUGAUAUGCCUGCGCCUUCGUCAGCGAGGCACAGUAUGCUGGUCCGCGGUCGUGCUUGGGACGCUGCUAAUGCCCUGUCCUCGUUCGGUCAAAGAGCGGUCGGCAGUGGCGGAAUCCCGACUCGUACUCUGCUUGACGCUCUCGCUCGACUUGGCGGCGAUCAAGAGGAUGUGGAUGCGAUCCAGACACCCCGAAGGCCUUGGUUGCAUGACGAGGAGGUCCCACAGCAAUCAGGCGGAUCCUCAGCACCGAGGACUCCGACGCUUCCGUCAACAUCUGGUUGGGCUACGCCCCUGGAGAAGGCUGGUGCUAACGAAGCGCCGGCAAGCUCUAGUGCAUCGUCUCGCGGUCCUUUGAGCAAUGGUCGCAUGCCUCGCUCUUCGACAAUGUCAAGCCUUCCGAGCCUACUACCGGCAAGGGGUGAAAGCCCCCAACACCGCUCCAUCCCAGUCAGCAAGAGUCCGUCAGCUCGAAGUCGCUCCUCGCAGGACGGCUCCACAGGCGUGGUGCCAGACUCGGUGUGGAUGACCCCCUCCAUCACAAUUGAUUCAGCCGUGUACGAUUCUCUCUCGGCAGAUCACCGCGCGUAUGUGCAAGAGAGACACGAAGUGGCUUUCCUGGCAGCCCAGGAGGCAUUCCAGAAGACGUAUGCAGAGCAAAUGAAAGACGUCUUGGCAACGCUACCCACGUCGAUUACUUCCCAGCCCAAGAGAGAGGGCAAGUCGGGAGAGGGCAAAGCGCAUCUGGAAGUGCCUGUCUCUUCAACGGCCGACAUCCCAAUUGACGGCCCUACCAGAACAGAGCCAGAGAGCAACCAGCACUGA